CUGAUCAUAGCAGAUCUCCUCGAAGGAGGUACAAUCAGUAUUCCCCAGGAAACCCUUGCAGUACGUCUAACUUGGCGGCCAAAGUUAGAUUUAGCUAUAAUACAAGAGCUUUUGAACAAACGCUGGAUGACAUUAGACCUCCUUUCGGUCUUGAAGGAAGCACAAAGGACUUUACCCAUCAAGAUGUUUGCUGACAGAGAAUUUGGUGAUCCUAGGUAUGAUUAUGGCCAUACAAUUGCUAUACACGAAAAUUUGUCUUAUCUUCCAAGACUUCAAAAGGAUGAACAAAAGCCAGAAUCAAACGAUUUAUAAAUGAGACUGAGGCUAUGUUCAUACUAUACUGGAUAGCUUUGCCUACCGACGGUGACUACGAUGACUACGCGUUGGGUGGUAAACGCAAACAUUUUAUACACGCUCAUGCAAUUGGAUAAUUCCAAACAUCGCUCACGAGCAAUCAGUAGACUAUUUGAGGGUGGGAAGACCCAUGUUUUGUCAUGCAGUAUUGAUUAUUCUCAUCCCCUGAGUCCAUAUUCGUGUUCACCACGCAACGCCUAGUCAUCGAGUUUCCUGAGCGCACGUCAUGUUGCCCAGAACCGAAAGCGUUAAAAACAUUUCCUCACAAAAAACACAUCGCAGUACCCGUGACGAGGGGGAAGAGAUAAGAGACGUACCUGGCCUUAAGGGUUUGGCACUUUUAUGGUUAAUUGGUGCGCGGUUGUUUGAUGCGGGAGAGAUUUGUGAGUUGAAGUUGUACACAGCAACCUGCCUUGCUUCGCAUUAUGUAGGAAAACGACACCGAACAAACAACGAGCCCCAAAACCGUAUAAUCAAUGUGUAAAGAAGAUGAAAAAGUCCCUCAACAGCAACGGCAGUCAUGGGCAGCCGGUAGUAACUUGCUACUGAAUGAGACCAAGACCAAGCAGAUGGUUAUUACCACCAAGCAGAUGUCUGGAGUGCAUCAUCUUGAACUGGAACUAAUCGUUCACACACAUCGAACAUCAAGUUGGAGCAGUUGGUCGAGAGGGUUUGUGACCUAAAUUCCAGUCUCACCCCUGAAUAUUUACUUCCAUCUUAGUAGAUUCCAGUCCUCGCUGUUUAUUCACUUCCGCUUCGAAUCAAAUACCUGUUUACACUGCACCAACGUGUGGCACAGAAACUAUCCGAUAUGUGACGCCCUAGUUUAGAGAUCGCCGCGGCGCAGCUUCCCUCAGUUACAGAAUCGCGCCGCAAUAAAAUUUCUUAUGUGUGAACAUACGUACAUACAUGAGCCUCGGGCUCGGAUGAUCGGGGCGACCCCAUCCCACGUAUAGACAUAAAUUGAUUGAUUGAUUGACUGAGUGAACAGAAGCGCUACCCGGUAUGAUUUUCAUGCAAGCGCAAGAGCUAUCCUCGACAGUGUGAACAUAGCCGGAAACACCUACCAGUUUCAUCACCUUAGAAAGUUAGCAUAUUAAAUCGUGUUGCAGGACCAAUAUUUGUAGUGAGGUGUGGGUUCAAGCUGCGUUGCAACAUGUUGAAUGUCUGAUUUUGAAAAGAAUAUCUUUAGGACCAAUGUAGAAAAAUAGCCCGCAGGAAUACACUCACCUUGUCCUAUUUCAGUACAAACGUAGAGUUGCUUGUAAACGCAGUCUGCUAAAUAAGGUCCAGUUUUAUCUUCCGCGCGUGCCUAAGUCGGUUAAAUUACUCUUCACCAUGUUCACGUAGAUUUCACUGGAUCAAGGCCUAACUUUUCUCAACUAUUUCAAGUUAUAUACUAAGACUCGACACAAAAGAAAAAUAAUUGAAAGUUUCCAUAUUCCUUGAGAAUUUUGACUCCUACUAAGAACUAAUUAGAAAGCAUGUUAUCUAUAGCAUUAAAUUUUAUUAAGGACUACAUGCAAUCUUUGUUAUUGCCAGUAGCAACUUUGUCUUUUUUAUGUGGUAUUUUUUUAUACAGCAAACCAAUUGCCUUCUUGGGAAUCACCAUUCGCUAAAACUAAACGGAAGUUUUAAUUCCGAGACAUACGUGAACCUCGUAAGUGUGAGCAUAACAAUGACAUCUACCUAUAAAUAUUUUAUGUAUUAAGAAUUAGUAGUAUAGGAGGGACCGAAUUAACCCCUUUUUUGCGGAGGAUUCUCAUUAGAGUGCGG